AUGAGGGAAUCCCCGUCUUCUUUUGCGGCGCUAAUGGCGCUACAACGACUUGAUGACACUGAGGUCAACAAGAGCAGCAGUGACCCUGAGAGAAUUGAGCAAUUUCAGUCUCUAGCUGCUCCUUAUCCUCCCGGCCUCGGCAAUCGAGCAUUUGGAGGACAUGUCUACGCUCAAUCUGCUUAUGCCGCCUCGAAGACAGUUGAGAAAGGGUUUGUUAUUCAUGCUAUUACGGGAUCAUUCAUAGUAGGUGGACGCUUGGAUAUUCCGUACAUAUACACAAUUCGACAUGUCCGAGAUGGAUAUAUGUACUCCACGCGCGCAGUUGAUGCCCGGCAAGACGGCAAGAUAUGCUUUUCAUGCUUAUGUUCAUUCAAGCGUGAUGAGGGAUUCCAAGAUUAUCAACAUCAACCACCAGCUGUACAAGACCGCUAUCGGGAUAUUCUAUCCGCAAAGCGACCUGAAGAGCAGGAUAUAAGUCAUAGUGUUGAUGUGGAUUGGUGGAUUGAAGCAGCGGACAAGGGUGAUAUCACCGAAAAGAAAUUCCCUGGGCUUGAUGUACGCAAAGUUGACAUGCAAAAUUUCAACAAAAGCGAGGAAAUUAAAUCAAACCCCGAAAAAUAUCGUCAGUUGAUGCAUUAUUGUCUCAAAGGGUCCCCAGAUGAACAAGCCGAUGCGACACUUGAGGAAAUUAGAGAACGAGAACUUGCUGGAGAGUAUGAUAAUCUCUACGCAUGCGCCCAUAUGUACGCAAGCGACAAGAAUUCUCUUUUAUUGAUUCCGCGCGCUUUGGGUUUCACGCGUUGGGCAGAAAUGGGCAGUCUAAGUCUAACUGUGAUUGUACAUCGUCAUGGAAAUCCGCUCCGCAUGAUUGAUUGGGAUGCAGUCUCCAAGAAUGGUGACUCUAGUUUGCAGAUGAAGUGGUUUAUUCAAGAAGGAUGGUCACCCCAAUCAGCAGAGAAUCGAGUUGUGCACGAGAGCCACUUAUGGAAUCAUGAUGGCAAAUUGAUUGCAACCUCAAUGCAAGAUGGUAUGUUGCGGGUACAAAAAUUGUCAAGCAGAGGAAAACUAUGA